CGUCCGUACACAACAUACAAACAACUUGAUGCAAAAAGGUGUGUUUAUCCUACUUCUGACGUGGUUGUUGCGAACAUCAUUGUUAUAUUUCAACGAUAUUGAAACUCAGUGCUCUGUGUAGAAGCCUUGUCUCAAGAUGGUCCAGAUGUCGUCCGAGUUUAUCUACAGUCUAAUCUAUAUCCUGAUAUGUGUGUGUGUUGUCAUUCCACCAACCGAAGUCCGCUCAGCGGGACUCACAAUAUACAAUCUUCUAUCUGUUUGGCUUGGGAGCGAGGAGAUGAGUUUUAUCCAAUACCACAUCAAGAAAACAACAUUGACGGCCAUAGUGCACUCUGUUCUACCUCUUGCUUACUACAUCGGCCUCAGUAUUGCCGCACCAAAUCAGCAAUGGUUCCAAUUUGACGAGCUCAGCAUCUGGAUUCUGCUCUACCUCGGGGUCUCCACCACAGUCUUUCUCUCAACAUUAACGCUCUGCUACUGGUGGUCCAAGAACAACUGGGGUAACCACCCCAUCGCCAAGGCACUGCACCACCAAGGAAACAACCGAGCCUGGACGGAUGUUGCCGCCAGGAUCAACAUGGAGUUCCGACGGGUCGAUAAGUUCGCCACUGGACCGCCGGACGUGAGAGUGAUUGUAACGGACUCGUGGGUGAUGAAGACGUGGGCAUAUGGUGUGAACGUCGCUCAUCAGGCUGAUUGUCAUUUGAAUUUAUUGCGGACCGAGGAGCAUGCUUUGUCACCUGAGAGUAGAGCCGGCGUGCAGUACCUUGCCAUUCAAGUCAUUAGCGCUAAUCAGUACAUCAAGCCAUUUGAAAUAAGACUGUUUUCUUCAGACUACAAAGAUCUACGAGAUAAGCUCACGGUCCCCGUUGUCAACGCUCGCAACGUCGUCAUUCAACAGACUCUGACAGAUCGCUUCCUUGAUGCAUUCAGUCACCAGGUGCAGACUAACCCACCAUUUGUCCCCCAACUUGGGUCACCGGCACCGGAGAACUGCAUUGGCUGCUUGCUUUCGCCAGCAAACAUCAAACUCGUCAAAUUCUGCGAAGAGUCACAGCGUGGGGACUGCGUGCAGUGUUUCUGCAGACCCAUGUGGUGUAUGGACUGCAUGUGCAAGUGGUUUGCCAGCCGCCAGGACCAGGGGCGUCCAGAGUCCUGGCUAGGGAGCAGAGCGCCCUGUCCAACGUGUCGCUCUAAAUUCUGUAUGUUGGACGUCUGUUUAAUUCCCUGAUGGUAUAAACUUUUAUAUGUUGUAUUUCUGUUGAAAGUGGUGAAAGGUCGACAACUCUGUUAUGUAAGCAGGUUUGAGGCUAGUCGAGCUUUAACUAAGAUGGAACGUGCAUUGUUACUUACAUGUUAUGUUUGGGAGGUAGUGCUUUCUGCUCUACUGACAGGCUUCUGAUGGAUGAUACCCACCCCUAUGUCCUUAUGGACUGUAAAGGGGGUAACCCUGUUUCAGCCCCAGGCGGAGAAGGUGGCAACGGCCCCUGGAAAAAUAAAUUGUAGCCCACAACUUGAAGUGACCCUCAGGCCUUGUAAAUCUGGUGACUUGCAUACAGAACAUUUAAAAGCAGCCAUAUUAUAAGGUGGUGCCUGAUGAGCCUCCAACUUAACAAAGUUGUCAACCUUCUUUACAAGGGGUUACAUUUUAUUCUUGAAUACAGGUUGAUUUUUGCCACAGAAUAAGCUUAAAUUUUAUUAAUGUAAAAACUGCAUCGGCAUGAAGAAUAUUGUUUGUUUGUUUUUGGAGUACAUAAUGAGGUGGCUUUCGAACCCACUACACCAUGCCUACAAUCCCGGCCAUUGUUGGGCCCCCCUGCCCCCUUUCAAUGUUGGUUCUGAUAGCACGGUCUUCUGCGUUACAGUCAACAUUGAGCAGGGGGGGGGGCGGGGGAGAGAAUGUUUCUUGUCAGGGGGAAGUGGACAUGGAGUGGUUUUAGGUAACGUUGGGAAUGGCUGGCCCAAGCAUUUCGGCCGCGAUUGUAGAGUGUUUAGGCCAUUUUCAUAAUUAUAUCAAAGAGCACUUCCAUUGGAAAGUAUAAAGUAAGGUCAAGAUACCUAAUUUUAAGUAUACCUAAUUUUUAAGAUACAUAGGGAUUUACACGCUUGAAUUCUUAAAUUAAGUGACCUUUGACAUGUACAUGAGCAGUAGGAGACUUUGGAACACUAGGUGGCAGCAGUCUAACCAGGUAAAUAUCCAUUGUUCACAUAGUUCGGAGCAUGCGCACAUUACUGAGAUUAAUGGAUUUUACCUGGUGAGUCUGCUGCCACCAAGUGUCCCAAAAGUCUCCCAUUCAAGUCACAUGUGUACCUUGACAAUGAGGUGUAUUUUCUACAGAAGAGGUUGAUUUUAAAUAAAAGCACUGGACACCUGCGAUAACCUUUGGUAACUGUAAAACAGACCAGUAUUCUCACUUGCUU